GGUUCGCGAAAAACUGCCACCUCUUCGUUGCUACCAGUAGGUGGGUGGCAACUCCGCCGAGCUACCGGAGCAGAGCUAACAGAGAGUGUUAAUCCACACUACGCCUCAAAAAGAAGCAACCCAGUGGUACUCGUACGCGAUACAUACAUGUACUGUUGCGCUUGAUGGGUUUUCGUCUGGCCAUUGCUGUAGAACACGGUAGCAAAGGGUAGACUAGCUAGCUGCUCUAGCUAGUGAAGUCGGUCGGUGGUCCUGUGUAUUUGAAAAGGACAGUGCGACUUACUUGAGCGGUGAGUUCGAAUAAGAGCAACAGUUAGUUGUUGAUUUGAAAUAAUUUAGUGCAAAGGAUAGCAAGUGCUACCCAAGGCAGAAAAGGAAGCAGGCUACCCAACACAUCCAUUAUCUCAACGUGGAUUGCUCGGCAUGCCUCCCCCUCCAGCCGACAGCUUGCAACAAGAAGAAGAAUCUCUCUCUGUCUUCAAAUCUGCUCAUUCUACCCAUUCUAUCAGCAACGACAGCACUGGCAGUGAAGAUCGUUCCACUGCUAUGACUACCGUGUUGACGGAGCCUGAUCUCUACCCUGAAGCUCUGGCUACUGCUCUCAAACUUCCAGCCGCUGCUACGUCCAAAUUUGCGGCUGCCAUGGAGACUACCGGUACUACGGCUGAUAACAACCACCACCAACCUCCUGAGGAACGCUUGUCGCUGAACAUGGCUGUCUAUCAAGAGGCGGAGAAGAAACAGGCGGAGAAACAGCAGAUCCAAGCUGAACCAGAGGUUAAACCAACCUUGUCCAUCACGGGUCCCAUUCCUAUUGGACAGAUUAAUUCCCUCCGAAUGGAAGCAUCGGAACAGGCAUUAGCAGAUCAGGAACAGCUAGCCUCCAGCAGCAGCGGACACGAACCGCAGGAUACCUCGGAUAAUGCACCCAAUAUUAUUCCUGAGGAACAUCCAUUCGAAUCUGAUCUCGAGGAGGCUCAGGCUACAGCUGCGGACACAAUCGAUCCACUUACGUCUACAUCCGACGCAUCCGAGAUAAUAAUACACCAAGCCGCAAGGGAUCAGGAACUUACGGAUCGGGAACUUACGGAUGAAGAAUCGACUCCUCCACAGAAACAAUCCACAGUUGUUAGUCAGAUUGCUUAUUCCGUCUCCAAAGCCAUUUCGUCUGGAAGCCACGCCAGCAGCAAGAAUCACUCGUCAGAUGACAAUCAGUUCUCGGUUUCCUCCUGGCGACGGCGACAAUUAGCACCACAUCCACCCUCCUCCGAUCAGCGAACUGUCAGUAGCAACCGAACGCCAACACGUACCCGAAAACGUCGGGUGCGAUUUUCUCACGUGGGUAUCCGAAACUACAAAACGACCAUUGGAGACAAUCCGUGCUGCAGCUACGGACCUCCUUUAUCGCUCGAUUGGGAAUACUGCGAAGAAGACGAAGAAGGAUACUACCUAGGACGAGUUCCCAUUGAUUACUAUGAAGCAUCCAAACCUUAUUCGGGUAUCAAGGCACCCUCCCAACGCCGCAAGGUCGCCAUGUUGGUACUGAACCCCACACAACGGUGUGCCCGCCUCUUUCAAGCGGGAUAUUCCAUGCAAGACAUGAAGAAUGCCGCCGACAGGUUGCAACGCGACAAGUUUCGGGGUGGCAACGUGGGUGGCCUCCUCGAUCCCUUUCACUGGCUACAGGAACUAUGGCUCUUUCAAAUCAAACCCGUCGUCAUGAAACGCUACAAUGAGAAUCAAGAGGAAGAAUUACAACGAAAGAUGGAACGAGAAUUGCGGAAAAUCGAACGAAAAGUACGAGACGAACACGAAUCCCAAUCGUUGGGAAUGUCACAACAAUCUAUUGCCAUGAUGUCGGACGUGAACGACGAGAUUAGUGAUCAGUUUAUUGUUCUGGAUUUGGAGGAAGAGGUGGUUGUGGAUCUGGAACGAGGAGGAGGCAACAACACCAACAACAACCAUGACAGCACUAGCAACCCCAGUAUCAACGUGUCGUCUACGGCGAGUUCUGGCCGUCAUCAAGUCAUUAUUGAAAACUUGGAUGGACUCUCCAAGACCAGCAGGCACUCCAGUAAGCACUCUCUUAGCAGAUUCUCCAGCAGUCGGCAGAGCGAGAUCAGCAGCACGGGUAGUCAUCAAGAUGAGGAUGGCCGCAUGGGCGAUGACAGCAAGUCCACCAGUACAUCUACGUAUGGCCUUAAUGUCGACCGCAAGCAACACGACAAGGCAAUCGAGAUCAAGUUGUCCAGCUUCAAGAGACCUCACAUGAGAGCCUUUCAUGCCUCGUGGUUUUCCUUCUUUGUGGCAUUCUUCUUGUGGUUCUCCAUCACUCCGCUCUUGAGUGAAGUCAGGACAACCCUGGAUCUAACCGAUGCAGAAAUUUGGACUUCCAGUUUGAUGGGUACCCUCGGGACCAUUGUCAUGCGCAUCGUCAUGGGUCCUCUUUGCGACACCUUUGGUGCUCGACUGUGUAUGGCGACAGUUUUGAUUGCAGCUGCGAUUCCCACCGCCUUGACUGGGCUGGUUCAAACGUCGGCUGGACUGUCCUUGGUGCGACUAUUUAUUGGCUUUGGAGGAAGUUCCUUUGUCGCAUGUCAGUAUUGGACAAGUGACAUGUUUGCACGAAACGUCGCGGGGGCAGCCAACGCUCUUGCUGCUGGAUGGGGCAACUUGGGUGGCGGUGUGGCACAGUUACUCAUGGGAUCCGUGCUCUUCCCAUUGCUUCAAUUCAUCUACAGUGGCGCUGACGAUGAGUUUGACGGCGUUGCAAGCGACAACGAUCAAAAGAGGAGCACCGAACUUGCAUGGCGUACCAUUUUUGUUUUCCCGGCACUUCUUGCUUUGGUAAUUGGGUGUCUCAUCAUUUUUUACUGCGACGAUGCGCCAUUGGGUAACUACCGAGAGCUUAUCAAGAGUGAACGAUUGAUGGUGGCUACUCCGAUGGAAUCCCUGUGUUCCACCGCCAAGCGCGGGCAAAACGUGUGGAUUCUCGCCAUCCAAUACGCCUGUUGCUUCGGCAUCGAAGUCACCAUGACCAAUGCCACAGCACUCUACUUCAAAGACGUGUUUGGCCAGUCCACUGUUCAAGCUGCUGCUAUCUCGUCAGUUUUCGGGAUGAUGAAUUUGUUUGCUCGUGGCCUUGGAGGCUGGUGCUCUGACUAUCUGCAGAGAGUGGCCGGAAUACGCGGCAGGCUUGCCUGGCAAGUGUUCACUCUCGCUGUCGAAGGCGUGAUGGUAUGCAUCUUUGCGCACGCACAGUCUCUCGCUGGCUCCAUCAUCGUAUUGGUCUUUCUCUCUUGCAUGGUGCAAAGUGCGGAAGGUUCUACAUUUGGAAUUGUGCCUUAUGUAGAACGACGGUUCACAGGUUCAGUUGUUGGGAUUGUUGGAAGCGGUGGAAGCAUUGGUGCUGCCAUCUUUUCGAUCUUCUUUGUCUACGGGGACUACAGACCCGCUUUCUUCUUCAUGGGAGUGUGUGCGGUAGGUAGUUCCCUGUUGACCUUCUGCUUGAACACAAGGAAGAUAAAAAAGAUGCAAGAUUUUCUCACGCAAGAAGUGGAACGGGAAGAGGGCGAUGGUGACCUCGACGAUGAAGAGGAAGACGUCGAUUUUUACGAAGAUCCUCAACAAUCAAGCGAAAGAGAGACCCUCGCUACGACAGAUGCUGACGAACCCAUGGAAAGAGAUCAACUCGUUAGGACAGAUGCCGAUGAACCCAUCCAAAGAGAUACACUCGUCACGACAGGUUUCAUCGAAAGAGAUCCGGAUGUUGAUGAUGAACCCAACCAAAGAGAGGCACUCCCCACGGCAGGGGAUGUUGAACUCAACUUGAGAGACAAACUCUCUGCGACAGAUUCCAACGAACGAGAUACACUCGAAUCGAAAGAGGGUAAUGAGCCAGACGAGCAAGAGGCACGUCCUUCGACCGAGACUGUUAAAGCGAACGCAAGAGACACAGUUGUUACGACAAAAGCUGAUGAACCCAGUCAACGAGAUACGAUCGUGACGACAGAUGCCGACGAACCCACGGAACAAUAGACAAAUCGCUGCGAUUGAGGUCGAGGAGCAAAACCCCGUCCAUCAAAAACGUUGCGGGAAGACUGACGAACCAUCAGUUUUGCAAGGUUGCAUGAUGUCACAAAUUUUCUUCCAAAAUCAUGUCACCUCCUUUUGGUGAGCAGCUUCCAGCAGCCAAGAAGAUCAUAUAACUUCACAAGCUAACCAGUAGAUAUAUCACCAAUUUUAAAGAUUCAAUCCACUUCAACCGAGGAGCGGUUUUUACGCCGA